CUCAAAUCAUCAAUGCGUCAUUAAGAAAGGGGACAAUUCCUGGUGCCUGGAAAAGGGCCCGGGUGACGCCUAUUCACAGAGAUGGUGAUAGAGCUAAUCCACGCAACUAUAGGCCAAUAUCGGUCUUACCUGUAUUAUCUAAAGUGCUGGAAAACUUGUGUUUAAUCAAGUGUAUGAUUACCUUUCAAAGAAUGAACUAUUAUGUCAUAAUCAACACGGCUUCCGCCCGAAACAUUCGACUUUGACUGCACUCUUAUCUCUCACAGAAGAUGUUUGUAAACAAAAUUAGACAAUGGCUGAUUUGGGCUGCAACCUCUUUCGUUGGAUGUGGCAAGGCUCAAUGUGGGGCAAAGACACACCUCGUCUGUAACUACGGACCCGGACCUAACAUGUUGUCAGGUCGCCCAUACCAAUCAGGUACACCCUGUUCUAUGUGUCCUGCCAGGGGAGGAAAUACAUAUAGUUGCGAGGAUAAUCUCUGCACCUUGAACUAAUGGCUUGGCAAGGCUGACAUGACAACGAGAUUGGACUGAACUAUACCCAACUACAACACGUCCAAAGUACCUGAUUGCAACUUUGAGUUUUACUUCUACGGUUCUACCCAUCAUAAUUUCGGGGUAAUGCGCUAAACCGCCACACGAACCACGGCAGGUUCAUUUUUUUCGUGUAAAAUCUGCUGGUUGUGAUUUACUUCAUUUAAGAUAUAUAGAGGCCUUCUUUUUAUUUUUAUUUCGAAGUCUGGGUUGGUAAUAUUUUAAAUGUUAAUGCAUUGCACACUGCAUUCUAUUCUUCCUUAAUCUUUAUUGUUCAUGUCUGUGUAACCAUUAUUUGUUUUAAUUUGAUCCUAUCUGUCUUUUUUUUACCAUUAUCUAAAUCUUGAAUUAUAGUUUUUAUUCAUCGUUGAAAGACAAUAUUUAUUAUUAUCCCUACCAUAUAGGUUUUUUUCAUUAAUUCAAUUAAAUUUUAGUGUGCUAAUACUUCUUUUAAAAUGAGAAUUCUUCUGUCACAGCCCUAAUUGUGUUAACAAAAUUGAGUCACAAAGGAUAUACUUGCCGUGGGCCGGGAGCGGCAAUAUGCGCAGCGCAUGAGGCGGUAUAGAAGGGUAAAUUUUUACCACUUUUCCGG